AUGACGAGUCAAUUGGGCCGCUCGACCCAAGAACCAGCGGAUAGAGCUAGUGGAUCGCAAUCCGCUACUCAGAGCGAUACUCCUUUUCCACCGAUGGAGAUGAGUAUCGAGGAUUUCGUGUCGCASCYGGGACGASACCGACUAACAGUUCUGRACCCUGAGCKACGAGUUUGGAUAUUCGCACAAUGGCAUUUCAAAGUGUUAUCUGCGAAUGAUGUAAGGACUCUUGAAAGAACCCUAUCCACAAUUCAAUCUCAUACCAAAAACAGAGAAAGAUAUUUGCAAGAAUUUACCUGGGAUAGAAAUAUAACGCAUGAGUAUGCAAAUGAACGAGUGAAGCAAAGGUGGCAAGAGGGGAAAAAACCAAGAAAUGUGAACGAAGAUGUGUUAAAAGGGUUGCAGCUUCAUUGGGCAAAACCAGAAACAAGUGCAAUAUCAACGACAAAUUCUAAGAAUCGGUUAAGCGAUAGAGGUGGAAAAGGAAUUGCUAAACACAAUUCUGGAUCAGUGAGCUUCAAGACUCGUGAACAAAAAUAUUACGAAGAAAAUGGUGUGUAUCCUUCAAAUUUAUAUAUGAUGGAGCAUAUGCACACUAACAAAAAAACAAAACAAAUAGACGAUCCCAUUGCAAGAGAAAUUGUUGAGUCUUCGAGGAGGAGGAUUGUGGAGUUUGCAGAAAGCCAAAGUUCAACUCCAGAAGACGUAUCUAUAGAGGUUAUCAACAAUAUCAUUAGAGAGGAAGCACCCACAAGAAAGGGUCGCAUCUAUGGAUUAGGAAAGCUAACGGGAAGUCAGCGAUCAUCUUCUUCAUCUGCCCGAUCUUGUGGCAUCGACCACGCCACCCUCGAGGAAUCUCUGAAAGAAAGAGAUGAACGGAUUGCAGCUUUGGAGAAGCAAAUGGAAUACGAUCGAGAGGCGACCAGACGCAGUUUUGAAACUUUCAGACAGGAGAUGCUUGGUUUACGGAUGAACCUACCUCCACACCCGUACUCGCCUCCAAACUCAAGCCCGUAG